UGCAGUCGUCUCACCUUGGUCUAAACUUGAAAUAUAUUCCGUUUUUUUACGACUUACAAGUGAGUUCAUUUUGCGUCCAUUGUACGCGCACAGACCAUUUAACAGUUACGCCGUUUUACGCCGUUCGAGUGCCGCCGUAAUUCGUCCAGUCAAGUGAACCUAGCUGCUGUGUCAAGGCACCACCACACAUUUGGUUACAGCCGUUACAGAAGUUAUUGUUGCAAUAUGUGGACGAUUGUGGUGUUUGAAAUUGACAACACAGUUAAUGUUGUGCCUAACUUUUGGUAUUCAAAUGGUAUAUGCCAAUGGCCUAGGAAAAAUCUUAGAACAGAUACAAAAAACUUGAUAAAACGUCGUUCAAAGCCUGAUGAAGUAACUUUUAACAGUUAUAAAGCACGUCCAUUGCUAGAAAAUAUUGAUAGUUACGUUGAAGCAGAAACUAAAGCUAUUAAAGGACAAGAAUACUCUGAACUGUCUUCAAAUGAUGACGAUAAAAAAACUAGAAAAUUCAGAAGAAUAAAACAAAUGUCUCCACCAAUCACAAAAAAGUUAAAAGAAAAAUCUCAUCUACCAAAAAUUCCUGUUUUUGAUGAAUCUGUGACAAGUGAUGAUAAUGAUAUUGGAUCAACUGAUUAUGAUUCUGAUGUGGAGAAAUUAAACAUGACAAAAACUAAAGAAAGUACUAUUCCUUCCAGUCAAUCAUUUAAAGAUAAUAAUUAUUAUGACACGUCUCCAGAAAAUGGGUUGUAUAACAUUGACCAUCAAGAACCAUCCACAUCGCAAACUGCUGUCUCUUAUGGUUCAGGAAGUAAGAAAAAAAAAACACAUCACACUUCUAGUUCUGAUCACUUCAAUAAAAACAUUGAUUACACAGUCCAACCAAUAAUUUCACUGUCUGCAAGAGAUAAUAAAUCUGUAGAUGAAAGUGAUCAAGCAUUCAGAAAAUGUGUUAGGCGGUCUUUGGCCAACUUAAAAUAUGAUACAGAACAUUUUCAUAAACGAUUUGAUGCCCAAGAAUCAUUACUGGAAAAAAUCUUAGCCAAGUUAGAUUCAAAAGGAUCAGCUAUGGUCUCUAAUAAUGAUGACUAUAAUGAUGUGGAUUUAGGAGUUAUCGACAACGAUGAAGAUCUAAACAAUAUGGAAGAAAAGCUGGUUAAUGAUAAACCAUAUAGAAAUGCAGUGAUUAUAUUACUAUCACGUUUUGUGGGAAAUACAUUGCCAGAAACAAUACGGAAAAUAAUGCAGCGUCUGUUCACUGACCAAUUUCUUUCAAAAUAUUCUUUUGUCGGAUUUAAGGGCAAACAUCAGUUUUCAACAUUGCAGUGUUGUUCCAUUAUAUAUGAUAUUGUUCGUAAAAUGAAAAAGUUUAAAGAUACGGCUAACAUUGAUAUUGAAAAACCCAUUAAGAACUGGAUGGCCCAAGCAACACCAAGAAUGAAAAAAAUGGCUGAAAAAUCUCUGCAAACUAAUCACGAUGAUGAUAAUUCAAUUGAUAAUAAUACUUGAACAUAUAUUUGUAUAUUAGUAUACCUAUAAGAUUUGGUUAAAACAUUAUUUAAGUUUUUUUUAAUCAUAUAUUCAC